AUGAAGGCUCGUGUAUCAGGCCACGGCCUGCGUUUAUCGCUAUGGAGCUUUUACAGCUUCCUUGUGCUAACGUGUGUGCAACACAUUGAAUCCUUUAAGGUUAAGCCCAAAGACAUCAGUUCGUUGCAUCCUAGACUAAAACAAUCGCAGAUGCAACUGGGGUCGGAAUAUCGUUCUCCUCCCAUAUAUGGAUUCUUUAGUAGCGAUGCCAAGGAACCCACUGACAGUCUGAAGGAAUCUAUGGAACAGAAGAUCGGUCUUGGUGCUGAAGUGCAAAGUAUGGAUACAGCCCAAAUUACUAGACUCGAUAAAGAACUUAACCUGGAUUCACCUUCUAAACAAGUUAAAGUACAAGAUGAAAAAACAUAUCCUUUCCAGGCUGAAGUUAGCAGAGUUAUGGAUAUAAUUGUAAACUCGUUAUAUACCGAUAAGGACAUUUUCCUCAGGGAGUUGGUGUCUAAUGCUGCCGAUGCUUUAGACAAACGUAGAAUACAGGCUGACCCUGAUGAGAAAGUACCACGCGAGGCCUUUGGAGGCAUCCGUAUAACCCCUAAUAAGGAGCACAAUACCCUAACCAUCGAGGACGAUGGUAUCGGUAUGACGAAGGAUGAGCUUGUUAAUAACCUGGGUACUAUAGCCGAAUCUGGGACUGCUAAAUUCUUAAAACAACUUGAAGGUGCCACUUCUACAGAUAAAAAUAACUUAAUUGGGCAAUUCGGUGUUGGAUUCUACUCAGCAUUUUUGGUUUCUGAUAAGGUAGAAGUGUACUCUAGGGCCUAUGGUCAUGAGGAUGGCAGUAUCUACCGUUGGAAAUCAGACUCCGCUGGUACCUUUAGUGUAGGUCAGGUAGACGAUGUUGAUCUGCAGAAGUCUUUCAUGAAAUGUGGAACCCGUAUAGUGCUGCAUAUUAAACCUGAGUGUGAUGACUAUUUGGAAGAUUACAAACUAAAAGAGCUGUUGAGGAAAUAUUCUGAAUUUGUACGUUUCCCAAUACAGGUAUGGGUUGAAAAGGUCGAGUACGAGCGUGUUCCUGAUGAGUCUACUGCAGUUGAAGGUAAACCUGGAAGGUACAAGACCAUUAGUAAGAAGCGUCACGAGUGGGAGCAUGUAAACACCCAGAUUCCAAUAUGGCGUCGUGAUCAAGCUGAUAUAAAGCCCGAGGAUUAUGUAUCGUUUUACAAAUCAACAUUCAAGGCAUAUGAUGAUCCGCUGUCGUAUAUCCACUUUAAGGUGGAGGGCCAGGUAGAGUUCAGCUGUUUGUUAUUUGUUCCUGGAUCUCUCCCUUGGGAGCUUAGCCGUAACAUGUUUGACGACGAGUCGCGUGGUAUUAGGUUAUAUGUGAAGCGUGUAUUUAUUAAUGACAAGUUUUCUGAGGCAGUGCCGAGAUGGCUGACCUUCGUGCGUGGUGUCGUUGACAGCGACGAGUUGGCUCUAAACGUCGGUAGGGAGUAUUUGCAGCGUUCUAAAGCGCUUACUAUAAUAAACAAGCGUAUCGCUACCAAGGCCAUCGAUAUGUUUAAGAACCUGCAGUCCGCCAACCCGGAACGUUUCAAGAAAUUUAGUGACCACUUUGGUAAAUACCUAAAGAUUGGUGUCGUUGAAGAUCGUGAUAAUCAGCAAGAGCUCGCAUCUUUGGUAACAUUUUGGUCUACAAAAUCAGGUCAGGAUAGGGUAACUCUGGAUGAUUACGUUAAACGUAUGAAACCAGACCAGCCUGCUAUUUACUACCUGACCGCUGAAAACAUUGAGUCCGCUCAAAGCUCCCCUUCAUUAGAGAAGUUGAAAGCGUUGGAUUACGAAGUAUUGUAUGCUUUGGAACCUAUUGAUGAAUUCUGUUUCUCGUCAUUGACCGCAUCUAAGUACAAGAACAUCAUGAUCCUUGAUGUAAACAAGAGUGAUUUGAAAUUGAAGUCAUCUGAUGAUAAAGAGCCAGGUUCUAAACCGGACCCGGUUGAAUACGAUACCCUUUGUGGUUGGUUAAAGUCCCUUUUGUCAGACGACGUUCAUGACGUGAAGGUUAGCAGUCGUCUCGUGGAAUCUCCGGCUAUUUUGGUCCAAACCGAUUUUGGUUUAUCUCCAAGUAUGCAGCGUUAUAUGAAACAGCAGGCUACGUCUGCUGGUAUGAAUGAGACUGAGAUGUUUGGUACAUCUAUGGUUAGCAAGCCGGUGUUGGAGAUUAAUGUUGAGCAUCCUAUUAUUCAGCACCUAAACGUGAUGGUAAAAGCAGAUAAAUUGAGUGACGUGCCUCGUCAAGUUGCUAAGCAGCUUCUUGACGUUGUAUCUAUUCAGGGUGGUUACAACGUGAAGGACCCUGCUUUGUUUGCUCGUAGCGUUUUGCAGUUGAUGCAGCGUGAGGCUAAGCAAUUUUUAGAAUCGCAGUCUGCGUCUGCGUCUGCGUCUUGA